GCUAUUUGACUAUUACCUGCCUACCACUAUUGUGUAACAAUGUCGAAAACAGAUCUCUCCUCCUCUUCUACAUCUCCCUCUGCUGCUGCUGGUCAGACUUCUACGCCCAAGGUAGUCUUGGGGACUACAAUAAAAUUGAAUGGUAAAAACUAUCUGCUCUGGCUUUUCACAUUUUCAUUAGCGCUCAGAGCAAACUUCCACGUCUUUUGGCCUCUCCUCCACCCACCACAGAUCCCACCUACAGUUCCUGACUCUCGUCUGAUUAUUGUGUUAUGACGUGGCUCCUCAACAGCACGGAACCACAGAUUAGUAGCAGUGUUAUGUUCUUAACCACUGCGAAGGAGAUGUGGGACUGCCUGAAGAUUAUGUACGGGAAUGAGAAGAAUGUUUCCCGUGUAUUUGAGAUUUAUGAGCGACUGUUUGCGCUCAAACAGGGAGAUAGGUCAGUUCCGGAUUUCUUUGGUGAGUUAAAAGGACUGAUAGACGAACUGGAGAUGCAUCAGCCUGCAUUAGCUGAUGCGGCGACGUUGUUGGGAUAUCACCGUGACUUGGCAGUGUCCAAGUUUCUUUCUGGAGUGCAUCCUACCUUACAGUCCCAGGUGAGAAGACAGAUAUUGGGUGGAGAUAUCAUCCCUUCAUUGACUGCUACAUUCUCCAGAAUCAUGCAGGUAUUUACUGGUGUUUCUUCUGAUACUUCUGCACCGCCUCCACCUUCAGUGGAUCAGUCUGCUAUGUUCUCUAGUAGAGGCAAAGGCUACGGUCGUGGUCGUGAUCGUGGUCGUGAUUCUGUGGGAGGAUGUUACUCUUUUAGUGGGAGACAUCAUGACUCUGAUAGGGGUUCACGUCAGUGUGGUCACUAUGGGAGGACCAAUCAUAUUUCUAAAAAGUAUUGGGAGAAGUUUGGCCGUCCUCAAUGGGCCCAAGUAGCCGAUGCCGUGUGCUCGCUCACCUAUUUCUACUACUACUUUUAACAAUCCAACUGCUACUGUUCCUACUGUUCAGAUCUCUUAGGCAGAUUAUGAGAGGUUAUGCCAGCUAGAGCUCUCUCAAAACAGUCAUUCGGCUACUCAUGCAUCCUCUUCAGGUAUAAAUGCUUACAUAGCUUCUCCUCAUGAACCAUGGUUACUAGAUUCUGGAACCUCAUCCCAUAUGACAGGUAUAAAGAAUCGUUUUGUUUCUUUACAUCUUUCUGAUAAGUUUUCCUCUAUUCGCAUCGCUGAUGGUACACUUUCUCUAGUUUUUGGUGCUGGAGUAGUUCAUGCUACUUCCUCUUUGAAACUCACUGAUGUGUUAUAUGCUCCUAAAUUCUCUGUUAGCUUAUUAUCCAUUAGCAAUUUUACAAGACAAUAACUGUAAAGUCACAUUCUUUCCUUCUUAUUGUGUUUUUCAGGACCUAACAACUAGGAUGACGAUUGGUUCGGGGCAUGAGAGAGGAGAUUUGGAUGAGUCUUUUAAAGAUAACGUCAAGCUUGGGAACAAUUCAAGCAUUGCUGUCACGGGACGAGGCACAGUCAGAUUACAAGUCAAAGGGCGCACUUUCAAAAUUCCUGGAGUCUUUUAUGUUCCAGAAUUAAAAAGCAAUCAUAUCAGCAUGGAACAGCUGCAAGAAAGAGACUACACAAUUGUUAUUCAAAAGGGUUGUUGCUCAAUACAGCAUCCAGAGAAGGGAAUAAUUGCUUAAGUUAUUAUGACAGCUAAUCGGUUGUUUCCUCUACAUAAUCAGAAUAAUGAUCAAGCCUGCUAGACUAGUAAAGUGACAGAUUCCACAUGGUUAUGGCAUUUUCGCUAUGGUCAUCUCAAUUUUAAUGGUUUGAGAACGUUGCAGCAGAAGAAUAUGGUAAUUGGUCUUCGUCAAAUCAAUGCUCCCUCCAAAGUCUGUCAAGAUUGCGUUGUCGGUAAACAACAUCGUGAUUCCUUUCCAAUAGGGAGGGCAUGGAGAGAGCCAAGAAACCACUACAAUUGAUUCAUUCAGACCUUUGUGGUCCGAUUAGUCCAGCCUCAAACAGCAAUAAGAGGUACCUUAUUUCAUUUACAGAUGACUAUAGUAGGAAGACAUGGGUUUAUUUCUUGCAAGAAAAGAAUGAAGCUUUUAAGGUAUUUAAAAGGUUCAAGGCAUUUGUUGAGAAGGAAUUUGGGAGAAAUAUCAAAAUUCUUCCUACGGAUCAUGGUGGUGAAUUUAAUUCCCAUGAUUUUACAAACUUUUGUGCAAUGUAUGGGAUUCAAAGACAGUUGAUAGCUGCCUACAAACCACAGCAAAAUGGUGUGUCGGAGAGAAAGAACCAUACAAUUUUGAACAUGGUGAGAAGCAUGUUGGCAAGUGCAUUCCAAAAGAGUUUUGGCCUGAGGCAGCUAACUGGAUUGUUCAAGUACUAAAUAGGUGUCCCACUUUUGCUGUAAAAAACAUAACACCAGAGGAAGCUUGGUCUGCACACAAACCAGCCAUUGAUCAUUUUAGGAUUUUUGGGUGCAUAGCAUAUGCCCAUAUUCCUGAUAAGAGGAGAAAGAAGCUUGACGACAAAGGAAUGAAAUGUGUUUUCCUCGGAGUUAGUGAAGAAUCCAAAGCCUACAGAUUAUAUAAUCCAGUCACAAAAAAGAUAAUCAUAAGUCGGGACGUCAUUUUUGAUGAAGAAGAAGCAUGGGAUUGGAAGGAUACAGAAAAGCAACCAUUGUCAGUAAACAUUGAUGAAGAGGAAGUUGAAAUGGAGAUUGCGCAGUCAAAUCAAGAGCCUGCUCAGACAAGCCAGCAACCCGAUCGAUCAAACCAACAGCAGCAAUUAUCUAAUGAUGUGCUAACUAGCCAAAAUGCAAGUGUCUCAAAUGAAGAACACCAA